CUCUAACUUCCAAUCAACACAACGUUAAUGAGUAUUAACCAAUCACAGCCCAGGAGGUGGGAUAUUCCCUAAUAUGGGUAGGAAAACAAGGCGUUUUUCUGAUGCUGGAUAUAAACCGGACUGCUGACAGACACUUCAACGCAAAACUCCGAACAAGGCAGUAUCCGAGGUGGGGCCGAGGGAGGAGCGUCCCUGGCUAACAUGGAUGACCGCUCGUCCCUGCGUAAAGUGAGCGGCUCCACUGAAUCCGUGUCCACGGUAACUAGCGAGGAGUUUGUCCUGGUGCAGAACGGGGCAGAGGGAUCGCCAUCCAGCUCUGAGGGACGUCCCAGGCUUAAGAUGUCUUGGAACGGAAGCGAACAACUGGAGAAGGCGAUGGAGGAGGUUCUGGAGGAUGAACUGAGGACACAGGAGAAGAGAACAGUGACCCCAGUGGAGACUGGAGAGUACACACAAGACACAGACGCUGCAUUUGGUAGUCUGGUGCAAGAAGAGGAGAGUGUGCAGUUCAGUAAGCUCUCUUACCUGGGCUGUACAUGGGUGAAGGCACCACGCAAUGAGGCCGAAGCCCAGAAAGCAAUGUUCACCCUGAGGGCCGAGAGCCCCAGUCCAAUUCCAAUCACCUUGCACGUACCCAACAAUCCCGAUGGCUGUGUGAGGAUCAUUGACGAGGCCACUGGGACUGAAAUCGCCUCCUUCCCUAUCUAUAAAGUGCUGUUCUGUGCCAGAGGGAAUGAUGGCACCUUAGAGAAUGACUGCUUUUGCUUCACUGAGAGCUACCGCAGCUCUGAGGACUUUCAGAUUCAUGUCUUCUCCUGCCAUAUCAAAGAAGCUGUGAGCCGGAUUCUCUACAGCUUCUCCACAGCUUUUAAGCGUGCUUCUAGAGCUGCCACAGAGAUUCGUGAGUUGGCGUUACCUCAAUCCCCUGACAGUGACAUCUUCACCUUCACCGUGUCCCUGGAGGUGCGAGAGGACGACGGCAAAGGCAACUUUAGUCCUGUUCCUAAAGACAGAGACAAGUUCUACUUCAAACUACGGCAGGGUGUGCAGAAGAAGGUGGUGGUUACAGUUCAGCAGAUUUCCAACAAAGAACUGGGAAUAGAGCGAUGUUUCGGCAUGUUGCUGAGUCCUGGGCAGAAGGUUCGGAACAACGACAUGCACUUAUUAGACAUGGAGGUGAUGGGGAAGAGUGCAGAUGGAAAGGCUAGUGUGAUUACUGGCAUAUGGAAUCCUAACACCCCUGUGUUUCAAGCCCUUAAUGAGGACACACCAAAAGAUAAGCAGGUGUAUAUGACCGUGGCUGUGGACCUGGUGGUGACCGAGGUGGUGGAGCCUGUUCGAUUCUUGAUGGAGGCCUUGGCCCGUGUUUACCCAUCCAAUGAGAGGUUCUGGUACUUCAGCCGAAAAGCUUUCUCUGAGACCUUCUACCUGCAGCUCAAACCGGUCUUGGAGAGGGGCACCCAAGAUGCCAUAUAUGCAGUAGUAAGUCUUCAGAGGGAAUCGGAGCGAGUGGGAGCAUCACGAGGUCGCUUGCAGUCUCCUACUGAGGAAGAGGAGCCAGAGGAAGACAGUGACAGUGAGAUCUCCAGUGGCACUGGAGAUGUGUCUAAAGACUGCCCUGAGAAAAUUCUGGAGUCCUGGGGUAGCAUCCUGCAAAGAUGGCAUGGGAACCUGUCGUCACGUCCUAAAGGGCUGUCUGCAUUGGUGAGAGCCGGUGUCCCAGAGGCCCUGAGAGCUGAAGUCUGGCAGCUCCUGUGUGGCUGCCAGGAUGAACAGGCCCUGCUGGAAUGUUACCGCAUCCUCAUCACCAAGGACUCACCACAAGAAGGUGUCAUUACCAGAGACAUUCAUCGCACUUUCCCCGCUCACGACUACUUUAAGGACUCAGACGGUGACGGUCAAGAUUCACUCUACAAGAUCUGCAAGGCUUACUCCGUGUAUGACGAGGAGAUCGGAUAUUGCCAAGGCCAGUCUUUUCUGGCUGCAGUGUUGCUGUUGCAUAUGCCAGAGGAGCAGGCAUUUUGUGUGCUGGUGAAGAUCAUGUAUGACUACAAACUCAGGGAUCUCUACAGGAACAACUUUGAGGAUCUGCACUGCAAGUUCUACCAGUUGGAGCGCCUGAUACAGGAGCAGCUCCCAGAUCUGUGGACUCACUUCCAGGAUUUGAACCUGGAGGCUCAUAUGUAUGCCUCCCAGUGGUUCCUGACCCUCUUCACUGCCAAGUUCCCCCUCUGCAUGGUCUUCCACAUCACCGACCUGCUGCUGUGCGAGGGCCUGAACAUCAUCUUCAAUGUUGCACUGGCUCUGUUGAAGACCUCUAAGGAGGACCUGCUUCAGGCUGACUUCGAGGGUGCCCUUAAGUUUUUCCGGGUUCAGCUCCCUAAACGCUACAGAGCAGCUGAAAAUGCUCGAAGACUCAUGGAGCAAGCCUGCAACAUCAAAGUGCCAACUAAGAAGCUGAAGAAGUUUGAGAAGGAGUACCAAGCUUUCAGAGAGAGCCAGCUUCAGCAGGAGGACCCUAUAGACAGAUACCAGAGGGAAAAUCGACGCCUCCAGGAAGCCAGCAUGCGUUUGGAGCAGGAGAACGAUGACCUCGCCCAUGAGCUGGUCACUAGCAAGAUUGCGCUGAGGAAUGAUUUAGACCAGGCGGAGGACAAGGCCGACGUUUUGAACAAAGAGCUGCUGAGCACAAAGCAGCGGCUGGUGGAGACUGAGGAGGAGAAGAGGAGACAAGAGGAAGAGACAGCUCAGCUGAAGGAGGUGUUCAGAAGAGAGUUGGAGAAAGCAGAGUCUGAGAUUAAGAAGACCACAGCCAUCAUUGCCGAGUAUAAACAGAUUUGCUCUCAGCUGAGCACUAGGCUGGAGAAACAGCAGGCCUCCACCAAGGAGGAGCUGGAUAUUGUGAAGAGUAAAAUAAUGGCGUGUGAGCGAUGUCGGGAGGUAUUCAGUAAAGAUGGACCCCUGCACAUCCCCGCAGUGACACGGGACAACCGUGACUCAGAGCUGGAUGAGGAGAAGGACUCCCUGAAGGCUCAGCUGCGGGAGCUGGAGCUGGAACUGGCUCAGACCAAACUGCAGCUGGUGGAGGCCAAGUGCAGGAUCCAGGAGCUGGAACAUCAGAAGGGAGUGCUGAUGACUGAAGUCCAAGCUGCCAAAAACUCCUGGUUCAGUAAAACACUGGGAUCCCUGAAGACUUCAGCAAGCAGUCAGGCACCUUCCUCACCUAAAGAGGGGCAAUAGGACUCGUACAGGCCUCACUCAGUGAGAUGGAGUGGAAGUUCAUCUGCCUUGCACAUGCAUGGGAAGGAAGAGGCUGUUGAAACACUACUAAACACCAUGCUGUAAUGCAGUAUUCCCUCUCACACUGAGCAGAUAGAAACACCUCAUCAGCAUCUGUAGAUCAGAACAUCAUUAGUUUAGUUUGUGGAAGUCUGCGGCAAAGCAAAUUUCAUUUUCUGGAAUCCAGAUGUCUGUAAAGCAGUGUGAUAAUCACUACUAGACAACUUAUGAAGCAAUCGUUUUCAUUACAGACACAGAGUCAAAUAUUGAGAGUUCAGGGGGGAAAACUAGCCACUGAAGAGGCUUUUCCUUUCUUUUGUAAAGUCAAGCUGGUUAACAUGCUAUUACUACAUUUAUAAAAAAAACAAAAACAAUGAUGCCUGAGAUAGGCACAGGCUCCCCAUGACCCGAGAAGUUUGGAUAAGCAGCAGAAAAUGAAUGAAUGAAUGAAAAACAAAUGUACAAAUGUUCACCUGAAUUAUAUUACAUAAGCCACCCAAAAACAUAAAUACAAUAUAAUUACAUGAUGGCAAACAGCUUAAGAUUGAUGCAGAGUGCAAAGCUUGCUUUUUUUUCUAUUCUAUGAGGUCAGGUGUGUUUGGAUUCUGUGUUUUCAGUGACCGCGCCAUUGCACAUUUCUUAGAAGGAGGUCACAAUUGUCCAGAGUUCUCCGUACAUUGGAAGAUAGCAGUUAGGAAUGUAGAAGACUGAGCAGGACCAGUGUGUCAAGCAGUGCAGCAGUUCCACCUAUUGGCGGUUUUUAGUACUGCAGAGUACUGAGUUUAUUUACCUACCUUGACUGUUAAACUGUUAAAAUCUUAUCAGUAAUGUUAUAUAGGAAUUUCACCUGUAAAGGUUUAAUUGUACCUUUUUGUUUGAGAGAGGGAAUACUGCAUUCAGACUAAAAAAUAUCCCGUUUUUCUAUAUAGUAAUAACAAAUGUAUUUGUUUUGUCAUGUGUUUAACUAAAUGAUUUUUUUUAAUCUUGUACAGUUUUGAGAGUUGUUUUGUUUUUGUUUUUUUUUGUUUUUUUUUUUAAACUAUUUUUGAAUUUAAAAGUAUGUAAAUAUUAACAGCUUAAAGCACAGUGUAAUACACGACUGUAACUCAAACAUUCCUGCUGUAGCUCAUACUCAUCCUGUGGCUGGAGCCAUAAUAACCGAGCCUCUGAAAGCACACAGCUGCAUGGCUCACUCAGCAUUGGGGUUUUUGAACUGGAGACUCCUUCCUGAAAAUACGGUGGAUUGUUCACACUGUAUAAUUCAAUGUAAAUUCAGCCAUGCUUGGGAAAACAGUGAGUCCUGAAGAGUGGCGCAGAAGCCACACAUCAUAAACGUGCCAAGAAUUCUUCAGAUUUUCCCCACACAAGCAACUCUGUACAAUUUUUGUAGGGUUUAUUUGUAAGAAAACGCGUAAUGAUAUUGUGACAGUCUUGCAGAGGAGGGUUUGCACUUUGUGCAUUCAAUAGUCAGUUAAUCUGUAGAAUAACCAGCUGUCGGUGUCCAGAUUUCUUCACUCACUCUGCUUCAUGAAAGGUUAACAUUUGUGGACCUCUGAAUUUCUUAAACCGCAUGGAUCUUACCACGUCAUGGCUUUAUUAUGAAUACACUUUAAAUGUUCAUUUUUACUGUGAUCAAAAUAUACUUUUUUUUUAGUAAUAUACUUGCAAUUGCAUCCUGACAAGCAGUAGUUUAAGAUUAAUCAAUAUCACAUGCACUCUCUUUAUAUCACAUUAGGGUUGAUUUAAUAGUUUUGUUAAUGCGAGUCAGGGGCCAUUGUUGGGUUAUGGGAAUUACAGGUACACCACCCUGUCCCAGUACAACUUUUGUGACAAAUAAAUGCUGAUUUUUGUUCGGUUA